AUGUUAUUAGAUUUAUUAAAUGGUUUACAUCUUAUUCUAACAGAAAUUAUAUUAAUGCUACUUACGUCUCAUGAUGAAGAAAAACCACCAUUCAUUCGUUCACCUCUUCAUCACGUUAAUAUAAAUGGAAUUCUUUAUGAACCAAAGGUAUUUAGUUAUGGUACAUCGGCUGAUGAAGACGUCUACAGAAUAGGAAAUACUACCAAAGAUCAGCAAACAGAGAUGAUUAUGGAAAUUCUAUCGUCCAGACCAAAUGCAGAACGACAAAAUAUUGUGCAUCGGUACAACAGGAUUUUUAAAAAAUCUCUACUAGACGAAAGAGAAAGCUUUAAAUCGAGAUUAAUGAAACAGUUAUUUGAAGAUCUACUAACAGACACAUCUAUAUUAUUAGCUGAUGAGCUGUACACUGCAAUAAUUGCUUCCAAUUUACGAAAAACGACAAGUAUACUGAUUGAUUUCUGGGGUGAUGAAUUUGAUCAAGUGGAAACUGCUUAUAAAAUAUAUUCUACAGAAUCAAUCUGGAAGACUAUAGAGAAAAAAUUUGGAGAAUCUGUAAAAUCUAUUUUACAUUGCAUAGUUGAAACAAGAAAACAUGAAACUAAACAAGAAUAUCCAAUAAAAGGUCGAGGUGGUAAACCGAUAGUUAACAACACAGUAGUGGUUGAGGUAUUUUAUGACUUGAUGAACGUGUUGGAUUCGAACAACGAUGUGGGACAGCAACUUGGUGAACGUCUAUGUAAACUUGAUUCAUUUCAAUUUCAAAAACUAAACAUGAUUUAUAGAAAAAAACCCGUUAGACAAUUUGGUGAAGUUCUUGAAAGCAGGACAUCGGGUCAACACCACGAUAUUUUAUUAGCAGUGUAUAAUUAUUCCAUUAAUAAACCAAUGUAUUUUACUACGUUAAUCCAUGAUGAGCUUCAUAAAGAACUUAUUGAUAGCUUGAGUGUUCAACGUUUCUUUAUUUUUCGUUCUGAGAUCGAUUUACAUACAAUAGAUAAGUUAUAUAAAGUAAUCUAUGGAAUGGAUCUAUCAGAAGAUGUCAAACAAAAGUAUCAUGGUGAAUAUGGUAAUACUUUGUUAAAACUUUUGAAAAAAAGAGAAAUUCCAGAUAUAUUUCAACAUUCAAUAUCAAUAUUACCACCAUUAGUUCCUUUGAUUAAAGUCUGA